GGAGAAGGAAGAGGAGGUGGCAGUCGCUGCUUGAGGCUCGAAAGGAUCAUUUAGUGUUUUAAAAAGAAGCCACAUUAGUGAGAGAACACGAUAGCAUGGACACAGAAGGAUUCCCUCCCCCGCCACCUCCUGCAGUUUUAGAAAAUGAUUUAACAACCAGUGCUGCUAAUGAAGAAGAGGAAGAGGAAGGAGAACAGUUUGACUUUGAUAGUGGAGAUGAGAUACCAGAAGCAGACAGACAAACAACUUUGCCACCUAAUCCUGUGUUGAACAGUAACACAGAACAAGAAGAGACAAAUUCCACAGGGAAUGAAAAUCUAGAAAACCAGGAGGGAAUUGAAAAAAUGCAGACAGCUGAAGCAAGUGCAGAGGGGGUCCUACCAAGAGUAAAUCCAUACUCUGUCAUAACCAUUUCGCCAGUGCAAGAAAAGGAGCCAUCAUUGUCACCAGAACCAAGUCCACAAGAUGGAUGUAUAAGCCCUACCCUCUCAAGUGGAUAUUCCGUUCCAGUGCCCUGUGGCUAUGCCGUCCCAUCCAACUUGCCACUGAUAUUGUCAGCAUAUUCUAGUCCUGUUAUAAUACGCAGUGUGUCUGUAGACGAAGAAGCAACCAUUCACAUAGUAACUGAGGAUUGCCAUUUGAAUUCUCAGAGUUCAGAAGAACCUCAGAAUUGUGAAGAUAAUCAGGGGAAUAAAGCUGAUAAUACCUUGGCCAAAUGGGCUGCUGAUCCUGCAAACACUGAGUGGAUGGAGAAUCCAGAUGAGGUAAUAUAUGAUGAUGUACCAAGAGAAAAUUCAGACUCUGAACCAGAGGAGAUGAUUUACGAUGAUGUUGAGAAUGGAGAUGAAGGUGGAAAUAGCUCUCUAGAAUAUGGGUGGAGUUCAAGUGAGUUUGAAAGCUAUGAAGAACAGAGUGACUCAGAGUGUAAAAAUGGAAUACCCAGUUCUUUUCUGCGUGGCAACCACAGAAAACAACUUUCUCAUGACCUAACCCGUUUAAAGGAGCACUAUGAGAAAAAGAUGAAAGAUUUGAUGGCAAACACGGUGGGAGCGGUAGAGAUUCAGCAACUAAAGCAAAAACAUGAGCUGAAGAUGCAAAAGCUCAUGAGGGCAGCUAGGGAAGGCACCAAAGAUGGACUUGAAAAGACGAAGGCUGCUGUGAAGAAAGGUCGGUCAUUCAUUAGAACCAAGUCAUUUAUUAGUCAAGAUCAUAGAUCAUCCUGUCUGGAAGAAGAGGAGCUAUUUAUUGAUGUAGACUGUGUGCAUACAGAGGCAAUCAUGACUCCUAUGCCUGAUGGAUUAUCACAGCAACAGGUAGUGAGAAGGUAUAUUUUAGGUGCUGUGGUUGACAGUGAGAAAAAUUAUGUGGAUGCUCUCAAAAGGAUUCUGGAGCAAUAUGAGAAGCCUCUUUCAGAGAUGGAACCCAAAUUAUUGAGUGAGAGAAAACUAAAGAUUGUAUUUUAUCGAAUUAAGGAAAUUCUUCAGUGCCAUUCAAUGUUUCAAAUAGCAUUGGCCAGUCGUGUCUCUGAGUGGGAUUCUGUCGAAAUGAUUGGAGAUGUCUUUGUUGCAUCAUUUUCUAAAUCUAUGGUGCUUGAUGCUUACAGUGAGUACGUAAACAAUUUUAGUACUGCUGUGGGGAUUCUCAAAAAAACAUGUGCCACAAAGCCUUCCUUCCUUGAGUUUUUAAAGCAAUGCCAAGAAUCUAGUCCUGAUAGAAUUACACUCUAUGGCUUAAUGAUGAAACCCAUACAACGCUUUCCUCAGUUCAUCCUCCUGCUACAGGAUAUGUUGAAGAACACUACUAAAGGCCACCAUGACAGGCUGCCUCUACAGAUGGCGCUCACAGAGCUCGAGACAUUGGCAGAGAAAUUAAACGAAAGGAAAAGGGAUGCAGAUCAGCGCUGUGAAAUAAAACAAAUAGCAAAAGCCAUGAAUGAACGUUAUCUAAACAAGUUACUUAGCAGCGGAAACAGAUACCUCAUCCGAACUGAUGACAUGCUUGAAACUGUUUACAAUGACAAGGGAGAAAUCGUCAAAACCAAAGAACGGCGGCUGUUCAUGUUAAAUGACGUCCUAAUGUGUGCUACUGUGAAUGUCCGUUCUUCCCAUGAAAGCAGUGGCAUUGUGACUGGCCAAAGGUACUUACUAAAAUGGAGUGUGCCCCUGGGGCAUGUAGAUGUCAUAGAGUAUGGGAGCAGCGAGGGGCAAGACGAGAACUGCAGAUUCUCUUCACAGCAUUCCUCUGAGAAUAUCGUUAUUAAUGCUAAGCCAAAUAAGCUUUAUAUGGGACCAGGGCAACUUUACCAUGAUUUGCAGAAUCUCUUGCAUGACUUGAAUGUAGUUGGACAAAUCAGUCAACUGAUAGUCAACCUUAAAGGAAACUACCAGAAUUUAAAUCAGUCCGUGGCACAUGAUUGGACCUCAGGUUUACAAAAACUUAUUUUGAAAAAAGAAGAUGAAAUAAGAGCUGCAGACCGCUGUAGAAUUCAACUUCAGCUUCCAGGGAAGCAGGACAAAUCGGGACGGCCUACUUUCUUUACAGCAGUGUUCAAUACGUUUACCCCUUCCAUCAAACAAUCUUGGAUCAAAAAUCUACAAAUGGCUAAACUUGGCUUAGCUGAGGAGAAUCUGCUGGGUUGGUUCUGUAUAGAUGACGAUGGCAAUCAGAUAAAAAAAGAGAAGCAUCCUCUUCUUGUUAAGCAUAUGCCUGUGAUGAUGGCCAAGCAACAGGAAUUUAAGGUUGAAUGUGCAGCUUAUAAUCCUGAGCCAUACUCAUGUGAAGAAACUGAUCCAGAUUCUCUUUCUACAGAGCAUGGUUUUCUGUGGAUUGGCAGUUGUACUAAUCAAAUGGGCCAAAUUGCCAUUGUAUCAUUUCAAAACUCCAGUCCAAAAGUUAUUGAAUGCUUCAAUGUGGAAUCGAGAAUCCUCUGCAUGGUCUAUAUUCAUGGAGAGGAGAAACAUAAAGAAUCAAACGUGCCUCCAGAGCCUGAAGAUAAUCCAACAAAGCCCUCCAGUGUUUCUACUAUUUGCCUGGGCAUGGAAGAAGGAAGCAUCUCUGUUUACAAAAGUAGUCAAGGCUCAAAGAAGGUCCGACUUCAACACUUCUUCACCCCUGACAAGUCUACGGUUAUGAGCCUGGCGUACAAGAACAACCACUUGUUUGCUGGUCUGGUCAAUGGGAACAUCACCAUCUACACGAAGUUGGAAGACGGAGCCUGGAACUCAGAACCUCAGAAAGUAGUGAAGCUGGGCGUUCUUCCGGUAAGAAGUCUCCUUGUCAUGGAAGAAACCAUCUGGGCUGCUUCUGGUGGACAAAUUUUUAUAAUUAGCACCGAGACUCAUACUGUGGAGUGCCAUUUUGAAGCUCAUCAAGAGGAAGGGAUGGUAAUUUCUCAUAUGGCUGUGGCAGGAGUUGGGAUCUGGAUUGCCUUCACAUCAGGAUCUACACUUCGCCUUUUCCACACCGAAACCCUUAAGCAUCUCCAAGACGUUAACGUUGCUACUCUUGUUCUCAAUAUGUUGUCAGGACAGCAACGUGUUUCUGUGACCAGCCUCCUGGUAUGCCAUGGCUUACUACUGGUUGGAACAAAUCUGGGGAUUAUAGUAGCCCUCCCAGUUCCUCGUUUGCAGGGAAUCCCGAAAGUAACUGGAAGAGGAAUGGUCUCUUACCAUGCCCAUAAUGGUCCUGUUAAAUUCCUUGUAAUGGCUUCUGUGACAAACAAGCGAAGUAAAAGCAAAUCCAGGCAUAGUCUGAAUCGUCCUCGUUCUGGAUUGAAAGAUGAUGAUCAGAAGAACAUUGUUCACAAUGAGAGGCCCAGUUCUUCUCUAAGCAACCCAAAUGAAAGUGCUAUUUGGCUGGGAGGUUCAGUAGGAUCCAUUGCUCAAAGAAGUGACUUGUCUUCAUCUUCUGGAUCUGUGACAUCAAACACAACUGAACACAGGCCUGAGGAGAGUGCUAUCUAUGAGCUUUUGAAAGAAGUCUCUAUUAACCAGAGUAGAAAACGUCAAUCCAGAGAAGGGAAAGCAAUAUCUGUCUUAGUCAUCUCUGGAGGACAAGGACACAGAAGAGUGAACAAGAAGUCUAAGCAACAGCGACCAGAUGAACUAGUUUCAUCUGUGAUGGUUUGGCAGAUUCCACUAUUAAAGAUCUAAAAUCAUGAUAUGCUAUGACUUUGUAAAAGACCUCUACUUUAGCUUAAAAAGUCUAAUUUCAUUAUGAUGAAGCUCCUUCAAAAGAGAAUUCUGGUAUCAUCUCAAUAUGAGUUCCCAGUUAACUGUCAAUUCUUGAAAAGGCCUUCUUGUAAGACUAGUCUGUUUGAAUUCAGUGGGCUGGCUUUCUUGAUUAAUAUUCCUAAAGAUAUCCUAAGAAUUUCCUAUCAGAACUGUAUUUGAAAAUGUUUAGCUGUUAGUGGAAGCUCUGUAAUUGAAAUAUGGAUUUAUUUUAAGGUAUUUUUUACCAUUUGCCAUUAUUUAUAUUCAAAUGUUAUGGACUAGGGAACACGAAAUGAAGGGCAAAGAUCAAUUAGCAUUCCACAGAUGGGUCUUCCUUAAGUAAUCUUACAGUGCAAUAGAAAGCACAUGCUGUUCAUUUUACCAAACAUUUUUUAGCAAUAAUUAUUCCAAUAAUUGUGUACUACCUUAAUUCUAGGACAUAAAUAAACUUGCAAUAUAUUUCCUUGAGGAAGUGUCAGAUAAAACAAAAAUGUGUAGCUAGGAAAAAUACUACUUUAGAGUUAUAUCUUUUGAAGCAAACAGUUAAUACUUUAAUGUUCAGUAUUUAAAAAUGAAUGUUGCAGAAAAUAAAUGUUAAAAAUUUGAAACAUGGAAUACAUGUUUUACACCUUUUACUCAUUAAG